ACAAUUACUUUGUUGCCAACUUGUACAUUAAAAGUGUCUGUUCGUGCAUGUGUUUUCCAGCCGUGUGCAUAUGACAGAUUGGGCUGCCAGAAUUAAUUUUUGUGUACUUCUUGCAUGGUAAAGUAGCCUCGUAUAGUUCUUUUAUUCCACAAGAUUUUAACAUUUAGUCCUAAACAUGUACGAUAGCCUGCCUGGCAUUUUACUGCACUCGAGGAGCUUUUCCUGCCUACGGCUAUGAUUUCAACACAACAGUGUCAUCUUUCCUGGGCUGUAAAUUAAUUUGAAAACUGACGACAAUGUGCCUUUGCGCUGCACCGAAUAAUUAAAAGCCGAUUUUCUUCGUGCUCGGUUGGGCAUAGCAGGGGGAUAUCUGACAUUCCGAAAGUCGUUUAUAGUUGGUGUAUUUGUCGACAUGUCAACUUUGGCUCCGCUGAGCGCAGACGUGGUCAGGACCCGGUAAAGCAAGGGAGGAGGCAUUUUGUGUUUGCAUGCUUACUGGCGAAAUCGACAAAAGUGACAGCAAUUUAAGUCUGCCGUUGAAAAUAGCUUGUCACUCUGUGCUCAAAUAGCACAUGCUAUAGUCGUUUUUAUCCCUCAACUUCAAAGCAAUGCUCCACCUUUUUCUCCAUUUCCCCUUUGUUCUUCUAUUUUGCUUCACCAGUUCCACUGGUUAACAUAUUACCACAAUUAGACACAUUUAGCCUUCUGCUUCUUGUCUAAUUAUUUAGCAUUUGUUGACACGCACAUUCAGUUGGACGCGACAAAAGCCUUCAGCCUGUAUUGAUGUGUUAUCAUCAUCACGGCUCUUUGGGACUGUGGAGGUAGAGCAGGCACUCCACUGUGCCUUUAAGUGGAGGAGUGCUGGAGAUUAGCUUGGUCCAGGAUCCUGGGCCCAUCUGUCAGAGAGAUGCUCCGACAGUGAGGAAGUGUUGGGAACAAGCAGGAGAACCAUCUGCUCCUCCAUAGAGGUUGGGCGACCAGUUCUAUAAGGACGCCAUAGAGCAGUGCCGCAGCUACAAUGCUCGCCUGUGUGCUGAACGCAGCGUCCGCCUGCCAUUCCUGGACUCACAAACCGGUGUGGCCCAGAACAACUGCUACAUCUGGAUGGAACGACACCACCGCAGCCCCGGGGUCGAAGCCGGGCAGAUGUACACAUACCCUGCCCGCUGCUGGAGAAAGAAGAGACGGCUGCACAACACCACGGAUCCCCGCCUGGGCAUCUACGGUCUCAAGCUCGACAGCGUAAAGGACACUUUGCCCGCCCAGAGCACCACGCUGGAGGCUCUGCUACGAGGAGAAGGUCUAGACAAGAGGAACAACUCUAAGAACGAUGAGGAGAGCUUGCUGGAGAUCCAGAGAGUUCUGGAGGCAGACGCAGCAGAAGAUGCUUUCAAUGAUGAUGACGACUAUGAGGUGGACACUCCCAAGAGGAGACAUCGGGGCAAAGGAAGAGGUCGGGGUUCAGGCCGUCGGAAGGCAGAUAUGGAUGACGACAAGCCAUAUGUCUGUGACAACAGAUACAAACAAAAGCAGAACUCAAAAUCUUCGGCCUCAGUCUGUGCAAAGCGCUACAGGAACCGUACAGGACUAAGCUACCACUACACCCAUUCCCAUCUGGCAGAGGAGGGCAGAACUGGAGAGAGAAGCUCAGUGGCGUCUAAGUCCCCAUCUGCACAACAGACUGACAGACACAAACGUCCAAAGGGUCCAGGUGGAACCAAUAUUUCCAACAACUACUGUAAUAAAUGCCAGGGCUUGAUCAAGAAAACGGGUAAAUCUGGAUCUCCCUACUCAACCUGCCAAUGCAAAACUGACCGUGGAGAAGAGAAGGAAGAUGGGACUUUUACUGGAGCAGAGGAGCUGUUUGGCACCACCUCAGAGAGCGACACCUCCACCUUUCACGGCUUUGAAGACGACGAUCUGGAAGAGCCCGCCACAAACAGCAAUGGAAUAUCCAACCGGCACAGAUAAAAAGAACCUUUUAGAUUGAAAGAGACAUUUUUUAUAUGGAUUAACCUCUGGCAAAAAUCUGCUGCUUCUUUUUCAAUGUUUUUUUGUUUGCAGAAAGCACAAAGUGAUAAUUUCAGGACAGAAAUGCAAGUGGUAUUUUAUCUACUGAACAUUGUUGAAUAAUUUAUGAACACCUUUUCUAUAUAUAUAUAUAUAUAUAUAUAUAUAUAUAUAUAUAUAUAUAUAUAUAUAUAUAUAUAUAUAUAUAUAUAUAUAUAUAUAUAUAUAAACAAACUUUCAAGGCUAUGAAGGACAGUGUUUCAAGGGACUUGGUCUCCAUGCAAAACAGAAGAUGGAGUGUUUUGUUUUCCCGUUACUGGAGUAGGAGGAGCAUAAACGUUAGGAACAAAAAACACUGGAGAAAUUUGAAAAAUUGAAAAUUUUAAAGGCAUAAAUGAUACAGUAUAUUUGGAAGAUGAUUGAAUGUCAUUGCAGACCAUUCUUAAGCUACUGGGUGUUUUUGAAUCAGUAGUCGGGUGCGACUAUGAAGGUCUCUGCUUCUGCUCUAAUUCUGGAUUAAACUUGUGUGGAAAUGAAGGAACCAAUGGAAGAAUUGCCACAGGCCACUGGAAAUGUUUGAAAAUGAAGACACCUUUCAAUAUAGUCUUUACAGAUAAAGGAGGACUAAAUCAAUGAAAGGAGCACUCAGCACAUUGUCAUGUGGCCCACAGGUGGGGGUGACCAGUGAAGAAGAGGAUUUUACUCUGAAAAAACUGAGCCUUCAUGUCCCUUCUGAUUUGGGCCUAAAAUAACUGACUGAAACGGAUCAACAGACAUCCACCACUUUAACAGGCCAUGUGGCUUAAUUGAAGCAACUGCUCCCUUGAUGAUAUGUAUCGAUCCCUUCUGAGCAUUUGAUAUGUGAGUAGAUUCAGCUUCAUUUUUAUCCUUUCUGCACUGUGCUGGAGCUCCGCUGAGCUAUGGGAACACUAAAGGCCAGGCCUUUGGACUGUUUGUGCCCCUCGGCCCAGCCUGCCCACUCCUGCUCUGUGACUGUGUGUCUGCCUUGUGAUCCGAUGUGACACUAAGACGUCAUAAUCCUCAUCACUGUGCCAGCUUGCCGCUCUGCACUGGAAACCAGCUCUGACAGCCAUGACCCCUCCAACCUGAUUGGACCAGUGACCCGCUGACCCCCAGCCAUAAACAUGGUGCUCAAAUCCACCACUAUUACAUGCAGACCUCUGGACUACUGUAUUAAUACCCUGACUACUGUAUUAAUACCCUGACAGGGAUGCAAAAGUUUUAACUUUCUGCCUCUUCCCCUCUUGUCUGUUUUUGCUCUCUAUUUCCUGAGCCUCUGUGAUCUCAUUCUAAAUUUGAAUGCGUCGCAGUAAUUUAGCUCAUUUUAUUUUCAUCUCUUCUCUGUUGUAUAAUAUUUCUAUGUUUUGAACUCUUUAAAGUUUGAUUAUUAUGACUUCUUGGGUUUGUUCAGACUGUAUUAAUACCUCUGUUCUGAUCAGGUGCACAAUAGCCACAACUACUCAGGCAUCUUUCAUUUACUUUGCUGUUGAUUGUUCAGCCCUGGUUCAUGUGAUUGUAUUCAGUUGGCAAGGAGGGACAAUAACGCCACGAAAGGAUCCCAUUGUAAUCAACUCCCAACAGGGAUUUGGGUUGUUGCAGUCUCAUUGUAUAGGAAAAGAUUGCUAUAACAAACUUCAACUUUGUUGGCUAUCCGUUUCACAUCUACAGUCACAGCAGAUUGUGACAGCAGUGGGAAUCAUCUCCGAUGCAUUUGAAAACAAUAUUGUUGCUAAAGAGACAUAACUCUGCUCAGAUCCACAUGCUUAGGGAGAAGUGAAAACUGUAUAUCCAAAUUAAGUGACAUUUCUGUUGAGUGCUUUAGAGGGCCUAAUUGCUUUAUGACAUUUAGAAGGUGCUUGGAGUACUGUAUCAAAAAGCAUUUUAGGGCGAAAGAUUGCACAUACUGUGCAAGAGGUCCUGGUCCUUCCAUGUGACAAAGUAUUGCUGCAAUGUAUUAUUAGCUGCUCCAGUUUUGAAGCUAACCAACAAUCCUAUCUUACUGACUUGCGUAAGUGCAUGUGCAUUCAAACCAUCUUUCUUCACUUCCCUCAGGGACCCUCAACACAACCCUUUCUCCUUUUGGAGAAAGGAUGGAUCUGAAUGGACUUCUCAAUUAUCUUGUCUCUUUUUCUUGUAUCGGUUAUUUGGUGUUUCCACAGUUAAAUGGGUCAUUGUGUCUUUUAUUUUCCAAAGUCAUGCCAGUGAGUGAAAGCAUGUGUUCCUCAAUCAUAACCUGCUUAAUGUUACCUACCGUAUAUGAACAGGCCUAGUGUGGUGCAGUUCUGAACAAAAAGAGACGCUCCUAAAAUGCAGAAGUCAGUGAUGUCUGCUUUGACUUACCAUAUGUGUCACCAAUCAUUGAAUAGCCUGUAUACCUCGUCCAAGACACAGCAAUAGGCCCUGGUAUUCUCUUGUCAAAGCCUGCCGGGGGUGGAGAUGGAGGAUAAUGGUGGGAACGGAGCCAGGAGGAGAUGAAAUGGACAUGACUGGGCAUUUGUUUCAUCUUCAGCUGUAAAUAUGAAAUGGAGAGAAUGAAGAAGUCUUUGUUUGUUAAACUAUUUUUAUUGUUCUGAAAAAAUAAAGAAAAAGAAUGAAUGGUAA